AUGGCCCCCGGCAGCGCUCCCGUGGUCUGCAUGGAGGAGAAGCUGCUGCCAAGAGAGAAGAAUAAACUCAGGAAGCCGGUGGUGGAAAAAAUGCGCCGCGACCGGAUUAACAGCAGCAUCGAGCAGCUCAAGCUGCUCCUGGAGAAGGAGUUCCAGCGGCACCAGCCCAACUCCAAGCUGGAGAAGGCCGACAUCCUGGAAGUGACCGUCAGCUACCUGAGGCAGCAGAGCCGGCUGCAGGACCCAACAUUCACUCACAAGAACGCGGAGCAGGACUUCAACAGCGGCUACCUCAGGUGCCUCAGGGAAGCUCUGCGUUUUCUGUCCUACCACGAGCCGAGGAAGGAAACGCAGGCCCAGCUGAUCAAGCAUCUCUGCAAAGCACAGAUGGGAAGCAGCCGGCCUGGAAACAGGCGGCUGCUCCUGCGGCCAUCUGGAGACCCUGGUCCUGCUGAGGGAGCUGCUCCGCUCCUGCGUGUGGAAAAUCCUGCGGUGAUCAAGGUGCUGCAAGGCUGGUUCCUAGAGGGACCCCUGGCACGAGAGUUCCUCUUCAACCUCAGGAAGCCGAUCGUGGAGAAGCUGCGCCGCGACCGGAUUAACAGCAGCAUCGAGCAGCUCAAGCUGCUCCUGGAGAAGGAGUUCCAGCGGCACCAGCCCAGCUCCAAGCUGGAGAAGGCCGACAUCCUGGAAAUGACCCUCCCGCUGCGGCUGCGGGGUUGCCGCUCCUGCCCGGACUUGCAGCGGGCGCAGGCAGCUCCCAAGGAGCCGGGUUCUUCCCCCGGCCCCUCCUGCAGCCCCCGGCCCCCCGCCAAGCAAGCGGCUCUCAAGGCCUCCUGCAGCCUCUGGCGGCCCUGGUAG